ACAGGUGGGAGGAGACCGAAGACACGAGCACAGAAACGAGACCCAAGAAAAGAUGCGAGUAAAACUGAUCAGGAGGACAAAGUGAAACCACAAACUCACAAUAACCCCGAAUAACUCAAACCUCCUGAUUUUUACGGAUUAUUGAUUAAUACACGCACACGCGCGUGAAGGGGAGCGGCUCUUUGAUCGGAGAGAAGCUCAGCUCAAAUCCGUUUGUACCGGACAGAGGGGGAGGGGGGAGACUCCGUGACGACGCGGAGCUGCACGCGGGCUCCGGUGUUUUUCAACCAUCAGGCAUCGCAGUGACACGCGCGGUGUGUCCGUCGGGUCUGUCUGCGUCUGUCUGUCGGUAUUUUCACGUCAUGCCGCGCGCGUGCUUUCACCUUUACCGUAUUGGAGGCUGAUCUGCGGACCUCCGCGAGCUGCAGCCCGAGGAACGUGACCGGAGAGCAGAGGCUCGGUCCCGCCGGUGCGAGGAGCAGUUUACCGGAUAAACGCCGGAGGAGCUCCGCGGGUCGCGUACAGUUUGACCCAUGUGAUCAUACUGCACAGCCCUAAUUGGCCCAUUUACCACUCAGAUGGUGAUGUCAUCAUGAUGCUGCCAGUCACCAGGUUUAAAGGUCAGCCAGCUGGCAUGGUAACCACCACCACACCCUGGCUGUCUGUAAGCACUGACCCUUCCCCCCAGUGGCUGUGGUUGGCCAGCUGGUCAGCUGCAACAUAUCAGGCCAUGCCUCCUUUGGUGUUCUACCCCCCAGCUGUGUGGAUACCUGAGCACGCACAACUGAUGCAGUGGGAGCGUCCAGCAGUUGAAGUUGUUCCUCUCGUCCAGCCGUUUUAUCAUUCUUCACCUCUUCACCAUCAUUGUCAUCAUCGUUUCCCAAAGUUGCAGAUCACUGAUACCUGGUUCUCACCAGAGGAAGUGGGGGUGUUUCCAAGGAGACAGAAGCGCCUCCUAUUAACCAAUCGGAUAAUCCCGAGAUCACGCGGACACACCUCUACGGCUAACCUGCUGUUUUUCCCUCCUCAGCUCUCAGGUCACAUCAGGAGAGACAACACAAAGACAAGAGAUGCUGAACCUGAAGACUCUUCUUCCUCCUCGCUCCCACUACACCUCCUGUCUUUGUCUCCUCUCCCCACAGCUCCUCCUCCAUCGGAUGUAAUGUACUGUGAAUUGACCGGCCUUCACAAGCAGAGACACAAGGAGGUGUGGCAUCUCAUUCUACCCAAUCAGCAUCGAAGAGUGACAUGGCUCCGGCCAAUGAUAAGCUGUGAAAGAAGACCAACACCACCCAUGCAGCAGUGUGUUUCUGGACCUGUUCGUCCCUCUCAGCUCUGCACUGAAAAGUGUCCUGUGUUACCUCUCCAGGUGAUCAAAGAAGUUCAACCUUUUUUUUCUUCACAAUUUUCUUCCAGAUUCACUUUGCUGACAAACUACAGACACAGGAAACGAGGAACGGGUGGAGGAAAGCUUUCCUAUCAAAGAGCGUUACUGCUGAGGACAAAGAAACCAGAAGACAGACAGUGUGUCAGUGCGUCUGUACACAAAGAAGAGGACGAUGAUGAUGAAGAGGAGGAGGAAAUAAGAGAAGGAAGACGGAAAGACAAGCGCCCUGUCGCCUCAACUCCUGUGCCUGGGUCCCCAUGGUGUGUGGUCUGGACUGGAGAUGAUAGAGUGUUCUUCUUCAAUCCCACAAUCCAUCUCUCUGUGUGGGAGAGACCGGGAGAGCUGAUUGAUCGAGACAUCAGCCACAUCAUCGAGGACCCGCCCCACAAGAGAAAGAAGACCUUACCUUCAGAAAUCAGCUCUAGCUGUCAAUCAACUGGUCUCCAUAGGAAUGAUGAAGAUGAAGAUGAUGACCUUAAACACAGCAACAAGAGGAACAGAACAGAGGAGUCGAUGUCUCUUGUUCCCCAUCCAGGAGGGGUUCAGCUCCUCCCACUGGAACUCCGGAUCGCUCACUUCAAGGAAAUGAUGCUGGAGAGAGGGGUGUCUGCAUUCUCCACCUGGGAGAAGGAGCUUCAUAAGAUGGUAUUUGACCCUCGAUACCUGCUGCUGACUUCAGAUCAGAGGAAACAGGUGUUUGAUCAGUUUGUGAAGAGCAGGAUGAAGGAUGAGUACAAAGAGAAGAGGAGUAAAUUGCAGAAAGCCAGAGAAGAGUUCAAACAGCUGCUGGAGGAAGCAAAGAUCACCAGCAGAACAACUUUCAAGGAGUUUUGUGUUCGUUAUCGGGAUGACCAGCGAUUCAGCAUUCUCACCAGGAAGAAGGAACAGGAAGUACUCUUUAGCCAUUACAUCACAGCCUUAAAGAAACGAGAGAAAGAGAACAGAACCAGACUGAGGAAGAUGAGAUGAGAACAUGUCUAAAAAGAACCUUACAGAACCAUCUACAACCUUUAUAGAACACUUUUAGGUCCUUCAAAUCUUCAGAAAGCCUUCCGGGAACUCCUGUCUCACUGCACUCAUGCUUCCUGAUUCCUGGUUUUAGACUCUCAUGUUUUGUUUAACAAAGUGAACCAGGACUAUCAAACUGUCUGUGGUUUUGUUGGACAAACCUGAAUGGGACCAGAACCAUCAUUCUCGGUAGAUUCGCAUGGUUCUAGACUUUGUUUUGUAAAUUGUCAGGUCAGUAUGAACCUGAAACAACAUUUGACCAUUUUCUAGGGUAAACUGCACUUCGUCAUCUGGAUCUGCUGGACUGGAUUUAAUUCAUAGUCUCAUUCAUCCUAACUGACAGAAACGAAAACCAGAGCACAAAAACAAAUGUUGUCCAUCUGUCUGACUGUUUCUUUGUCCUGUAAAGACCAUUCAUUCAAUCAAACUUGAUCAACACUGCAGCUUCCUAGACUUAAAAAUGGACCAUAAUAACAGAUUAAAAACAAUAACAAGUAGAUAAAAGACCAUAAACAAAGAGAUUAGUGAAUAAACACAUUUUAAGCCAGAAGGGCACUCUGAGGGCAGAUAACUGUGUAAAGACAAAUACUGAACUACUCUACAGACAAACUCAGAAAACCCAAACUUCAUCUGUGUAAUCUGAGAAACAAACAAAAAAACCAAAAAGGAAUGAAUACAUGAGCUCUUUAGAGGCUCUACCUCCUCUGUAAAGGUAAGCACGAAUGUAAAAACAAUGAGAACAGUGAGCCACAAUCCUCUGACCUUUCAUAUGUAAAGGGAAAAAUGUGGAUGAUAUGAUAAAUAUCAUCCACAAAUAUCAGCGAGUUUAGUCAGGUCCUGAUAAGUGGAGUGCUUCUAGGAACCAGACUCAGCAACCCUGAAGACUUGGUGUCAGGUACCACAAGGAACCUUAGAGGUCACAUCCAGGCCCAUGGAGUCCUGCUGUGCAGUGUGCUGGUCUUUGGAUUCUUGGUCUGUAGAGUCCACGUUUUGUGGAGUCCAGGACUGCAAAACCCAUGUCUAUGGGAUUAAUGUUUAUGGAGUCUACGUCUAUGAAGAUCUGACCUUGGUGGCUCUCAGCUUUUGCAGGUGUUUCUAAUAGUGUGUUUUCUCUUAAGUGUGUGUUUACGGUGUGAUCCCUUAACUUCAGUUUGUGUUUGAUUUCUGGAAACAAACCCAUAGACCCCAUUAAGAAAUCUGAAUUUUACAAGUUUUCCAGAAUUUUUUCUCAGCUGCUGUAGAAAAUGGCAAACUAGGAAACUUGACAGUUUGAUUGGCCAUUUGAUGUACUCUGGGAGUUGAAGGGGAUGUUGGUGUAGCUCCUUCAGUUUCUCAAAACGCCACCUGAUUACUAACCAAGAGUGAAAUUAUCAAGGGCUCAAAAUGUCAUAAACAGGAAGUGACAACCCUUCUCAACAGAUCACAUGAUGUUAAACUGCGCUUUGGGACUAUUUGCCACUGACUUGAAGUCUUCCAGACUCUCUGCUCACACAGUAGAUAAAACACAAUAAUGAUCAAUGUUUUUUCUUUAGGCGGUAUGAUUAAUAAAAUUGUUAGUAAUAAUUUUACACUGUAAGAUUAAAAAUAAAUCAUUCUGCAUUCCUUUAACAUCUUUAUUUCUGGCAAGGUCAGUUCUUUCUUACAAAUCUUUGUAUACAUUUUUACAUUUUUUCAGGGUUCUUGUCGUUACUUGAUACUUCUUGUCACAGCACUAUAAACUGUAUGUAAUUUUCUGUCUGUAAAAAUGCUGAAUUACAAAAAUGUCCGUGUGAAUCCCUCAUGGUGAUCUGAUGUCACCGUCUUAGUAACAAAACACUUCAACACCUGAGUGCAGAGACCCCAGGAACAGGAACAGGAAGCACCUGCUCACACUGUUGGCCCUGAGGACUUGGCCAGCAGAGAGACAGUCCCUCAACCACCAUAUGUGCACCUGUUGGUGAGCAGCUCAGCUGACUCACAUGUCCUUUCUGAACAGUUUCACCUGACCCAGCUUCAUUUAUAAAGUGUGCUUCUGUUUGUGGUCAACAAACAAACAAACAAAACCUAUUUGAUGUAAUCCCUGCCCUCACCAGUGGGCACGGUGAGCUGUCGUUGGGCAGGCUUUGUGUCCCGAUGUACUGAUUGGGUGGUUUUUUUGUCUUCUCAUUGGAUGAUGUCUGUGUUGAAAUGAUCUGUGUGUUCUGAUGUUUCAUUGGCUGUUGGUCCUGCCGUGUUUUAAAUUAAACUGUCAAAAUUAAA